AGUGGGGCGCCCAUUUUUGGACAGCGCCGGCGACAAAGCAAGCAAUGAACAUCAAAGCGUCGUCAUCGCAGCACCACCUGCACACGCCGUCGUCACAGCACAUCGUGACGACGGGUGUGGGGAGUCCGAAGGGAGCUGUGUCGAACUGUUUUCACACGGGUAUGCCUGGCACGCCAACGCGAAAGUCGGCGAUCUCCAACAUGUCGACGUCCGUCAUGACACUCCAGUUGAAGAAGCUCGUGUCGAAGAAGAAGCGUCGCUUCAUCGACGACGGGUUCGAUUUGGACAUGACGUAUGUCACGCCGCGGAUCAUUGCGUUUGGUUAUCCCGCCGAACACCUCGAAGGCAUGUAUCGUAACCACUACAAGGACGUCUUCAGCUGCUUUGAGCAUCGUCAUAAAGACCACUACAAGGUGUAUAAUUUGUGCUCAGAGCGGCAUUACGGCAAGGAAAAAUUCCACAGCCGCGUGGCCGAGUACCCCUUUGACGAUCACAACCCUCCGCCGCUAUCGCUGCUCAUUCCUGCGUGCCAGGAUAUCUUUGAAUGGCUCGCCCAGCACCCAGACAACGUCGCAGCCAUCCAUUGCAAAGCAGGCAAAGGGCGAACGGGGGUCAUGAUCUGCGCCUUUUUGUUAUACAGCUCCGAGUGGGUGACGGCACAAGGCGCGAUGAACUUUUAUGGAAACGCGCGGUCGCUCAAUCAGCAGGGCGUGACCAUUCCAAGCCAGCGCCGCUUCAUUGAGUAUUUUGCUUUGAUGUGCCACGCUGACCAAUUUGACACGGCCGCCCAGCACGAACUUCGCAUGACCCGGGCGGAUUUUCAAGACCUAUGGGACAAACAAUGGCAGCAGCCGUCGCUGACUGACUCACCGACGUUGUCGCCGCAAUCAUCUUUGUCAUCAUCGUCGCUCAGUGGAAGUGGCGCAAUCGACGGGGACGCGAUGAUCGCGGCGGUGGAGGCCGAGUUGCAGCAGCUGCAGCCCUUGGCAGCCCUUCCCAAAGUGUUUCCGCAUUUGAGCUUGCCCAAAGUGAACAACGUGGUCUUGACAUCGGUCACCAUCACAGGGCUCUACCCCAAGCAUCGGAAGAUGGGUAAAAACGUGCCUCCCUCUCGAACUAGUUGGCAUCGUCGAAUGCUGACGUGCAUGUUCAUCCAGACAACCUCCGCGUCGAGGUGCAAGUGGGCUUUGAUCGGUCGUUGGUGUACGAUAUUUCUGCCGUGGGAACACCCCGAGUCGACGUGGACGACAGCGCGAGUGGCGAACCCACGGAAACCCUGCAGAUUCAAUGCCCGGAGAAGCGCGUGCUGCUCUUUGGGGAAGUUCUCGUCAUGUUGAAGGUCAAGCAAAAGGAAGUUGGCCACCUAUGGUUCCACACGUCAUUCUUGGACACGGACCACCACCGUCCACUUGUGAUCAAGAAGGCGGAGAUCGACAAGCUGCUCAAGGAUGCGAAGAAGGGCCACAAGGAGUUUGCUUCCAACAUGCAGGUCGUCCUUGCGUUCGCAGCACACGCGGACGACGCAAACGCCCAGCCGCAAGACACGACUGGUCUGUACGGAGAUCGUGCCACGUAUCGAACAUAAACCUCGAUUUAUUGAGGAGUGUACAACAUUCGUUUCGAUUGGCUGAAAUAAUGCAGGAUAGGCAAAUUGGCA